AGCUGAUCUGUAAACAGGAUCGAGCGACUUCCGGUUUGUCAAACGAGCCGGUUACCUUUGUUCAUGGGCUUCUCACAUCCGGCCUAUUAUUUCCCGUGAUUUGUUGUUUUCUUACAGUGUGGACGUCUGCGGUUAAGCUAGCGACUGCAAGCGAGGGGUUUAUCUUGUCGCAGUUUUGUAAGAGCGCAUACAUAUAGUUUGUCAAUUCUAGAAUAGUUUUUAGUGGACUGGAUCAUCAAACAAGUGAAGGUGUGUUUUGUUUCUUGAGAAUUAUUGACGAUGUCUUGCCAGAACGUAGAAAAAUAUUACUUAUAGAAGGAAGACAAUGGAUAUAAAGGCAAUGAUAGUACAGUUGGUUCAAUAAUACAUGUUAAAUAUCUAACUAAUGCAUUUUAGUUAACUAUUUUGUGGAAGAAUUCAAGACUUUCAAAUAGGUUUCUUCCCUCUGACGCAAAUACCAUGAACGAGUUAAUCAACAACAACAACGUAUCUGUUGAAAAUGACAUCAGCAGAGAAGGCGCCUUGAGAGAUGACAUUUUGUCCUUGAACCAAAAGAAAUCUUUUAUGUUUCUGCCUGUCAUAAUUUAUUUGGUUAUCCUCAUGCUGUGCGGAAUUGUGGGUAACGGACUAGUGUGUUACGUCUACAGGUGGCGCUUCAGACGGACUACGUCCAAUUUCUUUAUCCUAUUUCUGGCCAUUGUGGACUUGCUUAGCUGUUGCCUGGGAAUGCCAUUCGAGGUGUCUGACUUACUUCUGCCCUAUAUGUUCGACGCACCAGCAGCCUGCAAGAUUCUUCGCUUUGUGGAGACGUGGACCAUCAGUGCCUCGGGUUUGACUCUCGUAUGUGUCGCCUUUGACAGAUACUACAAACUCUGCAAACCUUUAAGACGCUUCACGAUUUUAAAAGCCAAGGUAUUUUGCAGCGUUGCAGUCUCCAUAGCUCUGUUGAUGGCACUUCCUGCGCUUGCGCUGUUCGGCAGAAGAAGUUUGACCACUGGUGUAGCAGACGUGAAUGGAACCGAGUGUUCUAUUGACGAUCACAUGGUUCACACACCUUUGGCGAUCAUUUAUUACGGCUCCCUCAUGUUGACUUUCAUCUUUACGUUCUCUUGCUUAUUGACGCUGUACAUAAUCAUAGGCGUGUGUUUGCACAGAAGAAAUAAAUUAACGAUCGGAGAACAAAUUACGUUAAAGACGGACUACCCAAGAACUCAUAGAUUUGUUCAAAACCAGACUCAGAAAACGUGUCACUCUGAGUCUAGCACUGAAGACAAUUCCAAAACAACGGAGAAUGCACCCAAACAGUUACAUGACAACAAGACUUCCCGUGAUUCGAAUAGAUUAACGAAAACACCAUCAUUGAUUCGCAAAGAAAAUGGCCAUCAGCACAAAAUGGGAACUGUGUCUUUAAAAACCACGCGUCUCACGGCAAUAUUUUUUACAGUUUCUGUGGCAUUUGUGAUCAGUUUUUUACCUUACCUUAUUGUCAACAUUAUGAAGGUCACAAAAGUGGCUUUUGAUCCAUUUCGAUCAGAUACUGUUGAGAUUGUAUACAACUUUUGUGUGAGAUCAUAUUUCAUCAAUAAUGUUAUUAAUCCGUUUAUUUACAGUAUUUUAAAUGUUAAUUUCAGAAAAGAGUGCAAAUACGUUUUUAAGAAACUUUUUAAAUCGUGUCAUAACAAAUAAUAUGACAAAAGCAUAACAUUUCAAGCAAUUUGUAUGCAACUACUUAUGUAUAUAUAUAUAUAUAUUAAAACUAUAUAUAUAUUA